AUGUCCAUCUACAGUUCCACAUCAACCACCUCAACUAUGGAACACCAUCACCUACAAUUCCUAUACCGUACAACUCCACUCAUUUCCCGCCCAGCCCUGUUCCCCAUGGCACCUUCUGUUCCGCAACCGCCUCACUUCCCGACCGCCCACCCUCAACUCGCAACCACUUCUACACCAAACCCUCCACGCCAAGCCCGGCCGCCUCCCUUCGCACCAUGACCACCUCUGCGACACCGCUGCUUCUGCUGCCCAUCCUGCUCCUCGUGCUGCACCUGCGCCCCGCCGCUGCGUCUGCCGAGCACCCCUCCUCGCGCCAGCUCCCGAGCCCUAUCCAGAUCGUCAAGCUCCAGCAGUGCCGCCUCCCCUGCACGGCCGACCGCUCCGUCCUCGCGUUCUGCCGCCGCUGCGGCUGCCGCGUGCUGCCGUGCAACAACGGGCGCAACCCCAAGUGGAAAUGCCGCCCGCCCGUGCCCUACUUCUGCUCGCCCUACGCCCUCGUCGCCCCGGGAAACAUUUACGCCGGCUGCAGGAACUGCCUGAGCCCACUCGUCCUCCCCUUCCCUUACGCGUGGCCAACACAGCCCGACUGCCUCGUGCAUUGCAUACGCGAGGGGCUUCAGACGGCGUGUAUGACGAAAACGCCUUCGAAGGACAGUUUGUCGGAUGUGUACUCACGUUGCUGCCGAAAGUGUCGCGGUGUAGUUGUCAAAGAUGUUUGUGUCUGCGAUGGUGUCCCGGGCGGAGAUGGUCAAUGCCUCCUACCAUCCUCGGAAGCGGAUGAGUAGAUUCAUGGUCCUGAGAGCGAAGAGUCCCCACCCUUGAGAAAUUUGUUGGAGGGGGAGAGGAGGCACGCUGGAAGUGAUUGACCCAAAACAGCAGCUUCUGGAGGAUUCUUUCGGGGCCAAGUUGUGUCUUUGUAAAUUAUAAACAUCUAUGUUGACACACCGGCUCACCUUUUUAUUCUCAUGCGAUCACAGAGCGGCCGCCACUUCAGGAGAUUCGCGCAACGACUCCAGCGUCCUUGGUACAGUGACGCAAAUUUUAGCGAGAUAAGAUGAAAGCAAACAAGUUCCGCCGUGCGUACCUCGGUUCUCUCCAUUGUUUAGGGGCAUAGACAAAAAAAGUCCAGUAGAAGAAUAUUUCGAGGUGGGUUGUGGUUUACGUCAAAAAGGAGACAAGAUCCCCAUUCACUA